UCUAGGGACAACUCUUUCAGUCUAACUCCCUGAAAGAGCGGUCAGCAGGUAACGGAUGCCCACUUCGAUUCUAUUAUUCUGAUAGUUUUGCGAUCACGGCGAGGACCGCAGCUGUUUUUCGUAGUCAGAAGCUGCGCUUAGCCUCAAGUCGCAGAGCAUCGCAGUAUGGAGUCUGAUAUCUUAAACAUAGAGGACAUCGUGAUGGGCCGGGCCGUGCCGGACCCUCCUCCUGAAGCCCCCGCACAGAAGCCCGCACAGCCGUACAGACCCACCGCCUACAACGGACCCCCACCUCCUUCUGUUCAGCCUUAUCAACAUGAAAACCUGCAGUGUUUUCAGUGCUUUAUCACGUUCUGCAACGCCAAAGCCAAGGAGAGGCACAUGAAGAAGAGCCACCGAGAGGAAUACAAGCAGCAGCUGCAGCAGGGAAACACACUGUUUACGUGUUACGUGUGCGACCGCACAUUUCAGUCAUCAGAGGAACUAACACAACAUCAGCCGACGCACAGCAAAGACGACAAGCCCUUUAAAUGUGUUCACUGCAAGGAGAGCUUUAAAACCUUCUCUGAGCUCACAUCCCAUAGAAGACAAGUGUGUCCAGAGAGACAGCUGUGUUGUAAAGAUUGCGAUGAAACUUUCCGUAGUGCCGGAUUGCUGCGAGCUCAUCGGUUGACCCAACAUCCUCGCCCAGACGUGGAGGCGGCGGAGCUGCCAGAGGAUUCCACCAAAACGCAUUGCUGUAAGAAAUGCGGUCAGGGCUUUGAGGCUGAAGCCGAGCUCCUAGCACACCAGGAGAAGUACCCCGAAGGGCAACAGUGCAAUGGCAGUGCUUCCCCAGUCAAGAAACGCGGGAGACCCGCCAAAGUGGAGGAUCCGGCCAGCGGCGAAGUGAAAGGGAAGCGAAAAAAGAAGGAGGAGUCUAAAGUGCCAGAGGAGGCGGAGGAGAAGGCCAGCAGUACACCAGAGGCGGCAGCUGCCCCUGCAGAAGAAAAGGGAAAAGCGGGCAUAGCAAAACGAGGCCGUCCGCCUAAAGCCGUGCUAAAAACCGAAACGGAAGAUAAGAAAAGUUCUGAAGAAGACGGCCAAGCCUCGACGAACGAGAAGAAACCUAAAGGCGACGCCGCUCCUGCCCGUCAGCACCCCUGUCCUGACUGUGAACUCACUUUCCCCGGCUUGGUUCAGCUCCGCGCUCACAAGAAAGAGAAACACGCCCCCCGGAAAGCCCACCCCUGUGAGGAAUGUGAGGAGAGCUUCGCUCGGCCUGAACAGCUGGACGCCCACAUGUCCCGGGCGCACGCCGUGGGCCGCUUCUCCUGUCCGACCUGCGGAAAGAGCUUCAGCCGUGAGCGCACCUUAAAAGCUCACCAGAAGAGCCACCCAGAGGAAGAAGCUGAAAACCCAAGUACCAAGAGAUAAUUUAGACGCUGGGAUCUGCAGGAAAGGCUUUUUUCUUCCUCCAAUCUUUUAGCAUCAAGGUGUCUCCCCUCUUUUUCUUUCUUUUAAACUGAAGAGACUCUGUAGUCAAGAUGUUUCUGGAGAAUCCAGUUUUAGCAGAUUGUUGGAUUGAUCAUUGAGUUUUUGUACAGAUGCCUCAUGAAUUGACUAAUCAAGUGUUUAAACCCACAUUUUGUCAUGAAUAGAUCAUUUGUAAAAAAAUUAAACAAUUUCUUUUUCUUUUUUUUAAAUUAGUGUGUGUUGUACUUUGUGGUUGAAACAGAACAGUUCCCCAGAAAAGAUGGCUAAAGUCUAUUAGAUGCUGAGUAGAUAUGUUUGGAUUAUUUAGACAGUUUCUUCAAAGAGAUGUGUACAGCUUCCUGGUUAUGUUUGUUUUUGUUACGUUGCUUCAUAAAUUAAAUAACAUAGGAAAACAUUUUAAACAAUGAAGUAAUUCAGAAGUGAUUUUGGCUGGUUAGCUUGUGGACAGAAAUGAUCCAUUGAAAAUUUGAUUUGUUUUUAGGUUCAAAGUGAUUCUUGAAAGUUUUUCUCUUCUAAGCUAGUGUUUCACUUGCUAUCCUCUUUUAUGACCUUAACUCCAGAAGGAAGCGUGUAAAGUCCUUUUUUUCCACUCAUCGGGUUGGUUUUUCACUGCAAUGUUUGUGAACACUGUAAAAACAGUAAUAAAUCUUGUUAUCAUGAGGGACGAAAAAA